AUGGCUCCAAGCGAGGUGCAGGGUUACGGGCUGUUUGCAGGUCAAGAUCUGAAGGAGGAUGACUUUGUCCACGAAUACCGAGGCGAAAUCAUCAGUGAUGCUGAAAGUGACCGACGAGGAGCACUCUACCAUCUUGCCGGCCUGGAAUACCUGUUCACACUCAACACCGAGCAGCAGGUCGACGCCAAUAGCCUCGGAAACAAAGCACGGUUCAUGAAUAAUUCCCUCAAAGAAGCGAACAUCAACGUCCAAGGAAGGAUCAUGCUCUGCAGCGGACAGCAUCGGAUCGGCUUGUUCGCGAAGAAGGACAUCGAAGCCGGCGAAGAAUUGCUCUGGGAUUACGGCUACCCGGAAGUGGUCACAGAGCAGUUCUGGGAACGCGGUGAGAAGAGUGCGAAGCUCAAGGCGGCCACGCCACGCAUGCCAGCUGCCGCACGGACGAGGAAGGUGAGGACUCCGAAAACCGUCAAAGCCAGUGAAACUCGAAGAAGUGCAGAGGACAGCAGCCAAAGCCCUCUGGCUCGACGAGGUGGCAAGCGCAAGAAGGGUGGGCUACAGUCAUCGAGUUCAAGGGCUUCGUUACGAGACGAGGACGUCGAGUUUGAUCCGAUGAUGGUGGACGAGACAGCGUUGAACCUGAACGAUCAGGCUGAACAACAAGACUCAGACUACAAUGAUGAAGGCAGCGACGAAGAAGAAGACGAGCCUGACGAGGAGAUAGCUGAUAGUGAUGUUGAAGAGGAAGUCGUCAAGGACUCUCACAUUGGUCCGUCAACGGGCAAGCCUUGGGAAGGCCUCAAGAAAGGGCGAUCACGAAGAAAGGGGCAGUAA